CAUUUUGUGUGGCAGUUGUUCGUCAUUUCUGCAUUUCUGGUCUUGCGGCGACGUGAAGGCGGCAGGAAGGUGUGUGACACGGUGUUAAUAAAUGAAUACUUAAACAUGUUGGAUCAAAGAGGGAACGAGACCAGAAGGAGCCAGAUUCUGCCCAUGGAGACCAGCUUCAACCACAACGAUAAAGGCCUUUUUAUCACUGAUCUCAGACCGCCUGAGUACGUCCACGCUGUGCACAAGAAGACAGUGAAAGAGCUGCUGCUGAUGAGACACGAGAAAUGGAACCACUCACAGGACGACAUCUACCCGGUCCAUAAAUUCAAAUCUCCAAAAUCUGAAGCUCCUGUCAGUGACCUGAGUCCUCACCAGUGGGACCCUCCAGGACCAGGAAAUAUAUUUGAUAUUAAAAAUCAUGUCCCUGCUGCUUCUCCUGAAAAUGGACACAUUCCUCCACAACAAACGCAACAUCAAGCUCUGCAGGGACCAGCGGCUAUGACUGCUGAAGUGAAGACUUUAUUUGACUGGCAGAUACAGAGAGAGGGACAGAGGGUUGGAGAAGUGUCUCCUGAGACGCUGAGCAUGCAAGAUGCAGAUGGUGACACAGCUCUCCACAUUGCAGUGGCACAAGGUAAACGGGCUCUAGCUUAUGUGCUCGCUACAAAAAUGGCUCAAUGUGGCUCUGUGGAUGUGAAAGAACACAAUGGCCAGACAGCUCUUCAGAUAGCAGCCGCCACCAAUCACCACUUAAUAGUCAAGGACCUAUUGGAACAUGGAGCACAAGUCGACACUCGAGACCUGUGGGGUCGUUCUCCUUUACACUUGUGUGCUGAGAAGGGACAUUUUCUCAGUCUUCAGAGCAUCUGGAGGACCCUGAUGGGCAGCGGGCAGCUAAUCGAUAUUGAAAUGUUCAACUAUGAUGGUUUAACCCCGCUGCAUGCAGCAGUCCUGUCUCACAACGCUGUUGUUAAAGAGCAGAGGAGUCUGGAGAAUCUUUGCUCAUACAUGGCAAAGGAGCUGGUGCAGAAGACACAGAUGUAUGUGGAGUGUAUAAGAACUCUGCUGCUCAUGGGCGCCUCCUGUGGGACAAAGGAUCUAAAAAGCGGACGGACGUGUCUUCACAUAGCUUCCGAGGAGGCAAAUGUGGAGCUGCUUAACAUUUUCCUGGACCUGCCAUCUUCACUGUCAGUCGUAAAUGUUAAGACAUUCAGUGGGAACACGGCCCUGCACAUUGUCAGCUCUCUGCAAAAUCACAAAAGUCAAGUGGAAGCAGUGAAGCUGCUGAUGAGAAAAGGAGCGGACCCCGGGACCAGGAACUUUGAAAAUGAAAUGCCGUCUCAGCUGGUGCCUGAAGGACCCACCGGUGACAAGGUGCGGCAGAUCCUGAAAGGAAAAUAUUUUCAUGUUUAAAUGAAGCUCAAAAACGCUGUCAGUCAGACAGUCCAGUCUAUCUUAUUAUUAUUUGCCAAAACCAGGCAGAUGUUGGUUGUUUCUGUGAAACAUGCCAAAUUGUUCAUUACCAUGUAAUGCUUAAGGAGAAAGUGAGGAUAUGAUUUGUGUUUUUGUUGUUGUUUAUCAGCCUUUUUCAUUUAAGAGGUAACUUUGGCAUUUUUUAACCUUGACUGAUGGAACAACAAUUUUUGAAACUGGUCCAAUGUAACCAGUCGGCCAUAGCACCUUAAUUUUCGAAAGCCAAAAAAAAGGGUCCAGGUUGAAAAAUACCAAACUUGCUCUUUAAGCUGAUACAUCCAGAUUGCUAUACAAUGAGCUAACAUGCUCCGUAAAUCUGUAUUUGUUGUGUUUUGGAUGAUGAUUUAUGAUUAUUGCUGAAGCAGUCAAUCCUGUUUGAAGAAAUUUCACUGCUAAAUUUUAUAUUUUUGGUUUAUUUAGUUCAGUCGAAAGUAGAAAUGUUAUGCUGGAUAUCAUUUACAUUAGCGGUUAGCAUGCUGUAGUUUAUUUUAAAAUCAUUCUAUUAUGGUGUCAUUAAAGUCGUGUGUGUAUAAUAAUGUACAUUUUCCUCAAAGGUUUAAUAUUUUAGUUCAGGUAGAAAACAUAGAUGUUCAAUCACUGGACUGACAUAUUCUGACACUACUGUACUGCAUUGUUUUGUCAAAACAUUGUGUGAUGUUAUGACAUGAAAUUUAUCACUUGAAUCAUUAGAAGAGAUUUUUGAUAUGUUGUACAUUUUGAACUGUUAGUUUUGUUUUGUUGAUGGGUAUGGGAAUGUUCUGCAGCAAGUCAUAUUUUGCUGUACUUUUUCUUUUUUGGUGUUCAUAAAGUCAAAAUAAUGUAGAUUACAAAAAGUUAUUAAACAUUUUAUUGUGAAAUACAUAGUGCUGACACAUUUAGAGUAACUUUUUUAGUGAAAAGCUAAUUUUGAAUUUGAUGUUUUUCUUAAAUGCAGAUGCUUUUCCUACAUUUGUAAAUGUUUGUUUUAAUCUGAAUGUCUAAAAUGAUCAAUGUACCAAAUGUCUCAGCUUCGGAUCAAUAAAGGUUUAUAUCUUCUUAA